AUGGUGGUGUGCGGCCUCGCCUGCUGGAGGUGCAGGUGGCUCCUGCCCCUGCUGCUGGGCCUGGCCAUCAUCAUGGGCAUCAUCGCCCUGGCGGGCCGGGGCUGGCUGGAGUCCGAGUCGGAGCCCUACGUGCAGCAAGCGUCGCUGUGGGAGAGCUGCACGCGGGGCGAGGAGGACCUCAACUGGAACUGCGAGUCCCUGAUGGACUACGGCUGGGGGAGAGCAGCAGCUGCCACAUACCUCGUUGGCUUUGUGAUCCUGGUCAUCUGUUUCGCCCUUGCAGUCAUCGCGUUCUCGAUCGAGAUCCUCCGCUUCAACUUUGUGCGAGGAAUUGGAGGCCUGCUCUUUGUUGUUGCUGCGUUCCAGAUCAUUGGCUUGGUCAUUUACCCAGUGAAAUUCACAGAAGACAUUCCACUGACAGGAGAUAACAUGUUCAGCUGGGCCUAUGGUUUUGGCUGGGCUAGUACUGUUGUUGUAAUAGGUUGUGCUUUCUUCUUCUGCUGCCUCCCCAACUGGGAAGAUGAAGUCCUGGGAAACAUCAAGCCUACCUAUUACUACUCCUCCCCAGAGAGAGCACCAUACUUAAAUUGA